AUGACAGGAUAUACCGACGUCUCCAUGUAUGGCGCUACCCCUAUGGCGCUUCCGCUGCUUCUUGGUGGGGUGGUGUUUUGGGUGUAUUUGGUAUAUCGCUGGGCCCUCCCUCGCCCAAUAGCUGGCAUCCCAUACAACAAAGACGCAGGCAACAGUAUCCUCGGUGAUGUCCCCGCAAUGGUUAGCCAUGUGUCGAGGACCAAGCAAAUCUUCACGUGGCUCGCAGCGCAAAACGUCAAGCUUAAUUCUCCCGUCGUUCAGGUCUUCUGCCGGCCGUUGGGGAAGCCUUGGGUGGUGAUCACAGACUUUAGAGAGAGCCAAGACAUCCUCAUGCGACGAACCAAGGAGUUCGACAGGUCAGACUUCUUUAUCGAUAUCUUUAGCGGACUUUUGCCUGAUCAUCACAUCUGGUUGAAGACGAACGAUACCUUCAAGGCCCACCGGCGGUUGUUGCAGGAUCUUAUGACCCCUGCCUUCCUGCACCAAGUCGCCGCACCUCACGUCUAUUCCGCUGCCAUGGACCUGGUCAAGCUCUGGGAAGAGAAGCUGAGAUUGACGAAAGAACACCCAUUCUCCGCAGCAGUAGAUAUAUAUCAUGCUGCUCUCGAUUCCGUGUGGGGUUUUACCUUCGGCACGGAGUCAGGAGUCAGCACGACCAAGGCUCAGCUCCAACUUGUCUCGUCGCUACAGGCACUCGAUCUUCCUGCCGAUGUCAGCAAACCAGCCAAUGUCCCGAGCGGGCCAAAUCCGCCGGCCUUCGACGCAGUCCUGACGCUCACCGAGAGUUUGGAAGUUACUGUGCGGUCGCCGCUGCCACGGCUUCACCACUGGUUCCUGCGACAACUGCCCUACAUGCGCAGAGCAAAAGCAUGCAAAGACAACAUGAUAGCCGACGAGCUGGCCAAGGCGGAGAGUCGCCUUACGCACGGAGCCGCAGCAGACCAGGGUGUGAGGUGCGCAUUGGAUGACGUUUUGCGUAGAGAAUUCCUCGCUGCGCAGAAGGAGGGCCGGCCUCCUAUGUACAACACGAGGACGAUCUAUGACGAGCUCUUUGGAUUCAUUCUCGGCGGUCACGAAACCACCUCCACCACCAUCACAUGGGCUCUAAAGCUCCUCGCGGACAGCCAAGAGGUACAAAAGAAGCUUCGCUCGACCCUCCGCGCCGCUCUCGGCACACCCGCAGUCGGGAAUAGAAACCCCUGCAUUCAAGAGAUUACCAACACACAGAUUCCGUACCUCGAUGCCGUUAUUGAAGAGAUCGCCCGCUGCUCCCUCACCGCCUCCGGCAACGCGCGCUGCGCCAUGACCGACGCCGAGAUCUUGGGUCAUCGUAUCCCAAAAGGUACUGAUGUCUUCCUUAUGGGCAAUGGGCCUAGCAUUUUCUCCGCGCCGUUUGAGAUUGAUGAGGAGCUAAGGAGCGAGGGAGGUCGGGCCGCAAAGGGCAGGAUCGGGUCGUGGGAUCCGGAAGAUAUGGGGUUGUUUAAUCCAGAGCGGUGGCUGACAAGCGAUGAGGGUGGGAAAGAGAUAUUCGAUGCUACUGCGGGACCACAUCUGACUUUUGGACUGGGCCCUAGAGGGUGCUUUGGGCGGAGGCUGGCGUACCUUCAGUUGAGAUUGAUCUUGGUGUUGAUUGUUUGGAAUUUUCAGCUGCAGAAGGUGCCGGAUGAGCUGGGCGGGUAUGACGCUGUUGAUAAAGUCACGCAUCAGCCACAGCAGUGCUAUGUUAGGCUGGAGAAGGCGGAGUAG